GCACCCGAAAAAAAAAUGGUGCUACAUAAGUGGGCUCACCAACCACCCAAGGCGAAUAUAGACGCGAAGUAUACGUACCGGAGACCAAAGGGCAGCCAGAUCCUGCAAACCGAACCACCGAGAUCAGCUGACCACGACGGCCGGCAGCGAUCGAGGGCGGAACGGAAGCCCGGUCGCCCCUCGGGCGCAUCGGGUGUCUCUCUGGAUUCGACCAUGGAAGAUUUAACACGGCCUCUUGUGAGAGAGUCGGAGGCUAAUCUUCAUGCGAAGCUCGCUCCCUCCGGCUCCGGAUCUGGACUACGACAAGCGUGUAAGAAGUUGCGUGAUUUGACGACCGUUGAUCGCGCGGUUCUUGUCGCGUUCGUGGCAUCCAUCGGCAACCUGCUCCAAGGCUGGGACAAUGCCAGCAUUGCAGGUGCUAUGUUUUACAUAAAGGACGAGUUUAAACUAGAUAGCAUGCCAAUGAUUGAGGGGUGUAUUAUGGCUAUGGCACUUUUUGGGGCAACAAUAAUCACAACACUAUCUGGAAUGCUAUCUGAUAAAUUUGGUCGGUGGGCGAUGCUACUUACCUCGGCGGUAUUGUCCUUUGUUAGUGCACUAUUGGUCAUAUUUUGGUCCCAACAUGUGUAUAUGCUGCUAUUCGUGAGGCUUAUUCAGGGAUUUAGUAUUGGUUUGGCAGUUACACUUGUGCCAUUAUAUAUAGUUGAGACUGCGCCUCCUGAUAUGAGAGGAAAAUUAAGCACAUUUCCCCAGUUAAGUGGUUCAGCUGGUAUGUUCUUAUCUUACUGCAUGGUGUUUUGGAUGUCCAUGCUGCCAAAGGUUAGUUGGCGGAUCAUGCUUGGGAUACAACUGAUACCCUCACUAAUAUACUCAAUUUUAACUAUCUUCUAUCUACCUGAGACUCCGAGUUGGCUUGUGAGCCAAGGAAGGGUGGAUGAAGCCAAGAUGGUUUUACAAAAACUACGAAGAAAGGAAGAUGUCUCAGGUGAAAUGGCAAGUCUUUUGGAGGGCACACAAGUUGGUGACACUCCGUCUAUUGAGGAGUACCUAAUUAGCACUAACGAAAGUAUGUUAAGGGAAAAGGUGAUUGGCAAUGAUGAAAUAAUAAAAUUAUAUGGACUUCCAGAAGAUUUGCAUUGUGUUGCCUAUCCAUUGAAGAGAACAAACACAGAAGAAAGUGCCAUUGGUCAUUCUGUGAGUCGUGGAGCAUCGUUCUAUGACCCAGUUGUCAACAUUAUUGGGAGUAUGCACGGGCUCCCUGAGGUUGCCCACGGCAUAUUCAAUGAAUUAGAACAACAAGGUCCAAUUGAAGGGGAUGAAGAGAAUCAGGAAGAGACCAAAGAGCAUGAGCUAGAACACAACCGAGAUGAUACCUAUGAUAGCGAGCAUGAUUAUCUUAUUCAACCCAAACCUACGAAUAUAAAUGAUUUUGUGAUAUGUCGCAAAAGCGGCCAUAUUGGUGGAGGUUGGCAAUUGGCUUGGAAAAUGUCAUCAGGAUAUCAUUUGGAUGGGCAAAUGGAAGGUGGCAUGGAACGAGUAUAUUUGCAUGAAGGAGGUGUACCAAGUUCUGAAAAUCUACUGGAUGCUCCAAUAGACGGGAAUUUCAUUCAAGCGACUGCUUUGGUCAACAAAUCGGUUUUUCACAAGUCUGGACACAAUAUUGGUAUUCAUUCACCUAAUAAAGAUUAUAGAAGUACAAAAUGGAAGGAUCUGUUAGAACCUGGUGUAAAACGUGCAUUGGUCGUGGGUGUUGGAAUACAAGUACUUCAACAGUUUGCUGGCAUCAAUGGCAUUCUUUAUUACACUCCUCAAAUACUUGAGCAAGCUGGUGUUGGGGUUCUUCUCUCAAAGUUUGGCAUCAACUCUUCUUCAGUGUCGAUUCUUAUGAGCGCUCUCACAACUUUAUUGAUGCUUCCUUUUAUCUGCAUAGCCAUGUGGCUUAUGGACCGCUCUGGAAGAAGAAGGAUACUACUUGUGACAAUACCCAUCUUGGUAGUGUCCCUCGUUGUUUUAGUAACCGUCAACAUUGUGAAUCUGAGUGCUGAACUACACGCACUGCUCUCAACAAUGAGUGUUGGAAUCUAUUUCUGCAUAUUUGUCAUGGGUUUUGGUCCAAUACCAAAUAUAUUCUGCUCAGAGAUUUUCCCCAACAAAGUUCGUGCUAUUUGCUUGGCCAUAUGUAGCCUAGUCUUUUGGAUUUGUGACAUCAUUGUGACAUAUACCCUUCCUGUAUUGUUGAGGUAUAUAGGUCUUGCGGGUGUUUUCGGAGUUUAUGCCAUUGUUUGUGUGUUGGCUUUUGUUUUCGUUUGUCUAAAGGUCCCGGAAACAAAGAAUAUACCUAUUGAGGUCAUAGCAGAGUUCUAUGCACUUGGCGGGUCAGGUACCCAAAUCAUCCAAGAGAGGCAGAAAGAAAAUUCAGAGAAAUUAUUAGUGUGACAAUUAGGUUAUUAGAAACAUGAUAUUAAUAUCUGUAUUUUUAUGGUGGCUUUAAUAUAAUGGUUUCCCGUGUGGUUUUAUUACAAUUAAAUUUC